GAGAAGUUUUUCCGAUUGGAGAUAUGCCCAAACGGGUGAUUGUCAUGAAUAUGGAAUUCGCAGAGUCAUGAACUUUGAAUAGUGGGCAGUUGGGUCCGUCAUAUUAAUUGGUCUCACCAAAUCAGUCCAACGGAUAGAUAUGUAAGCUCAGAUAUGUAGUUAUAAAGAUCCUACAUGUCCUUCUCUGUUGGCUGUACAAGCACUUCAUACACACAUCUAUUAAUCGCUCUCUCCUCUUAGUUACAAGGAAAAUCCAGACAAACUUCAUCAUGGUUGCCUUCUCAAAAUCAUUACAGCUUUCCCUUUCGGUCUUGGCAUCUACAGUCAUUGCCAUCCCUACACCAUCACAACUUGAGUCUCGGGCCGUUAUCGAUUCCGAUGCCGUUGUAGGAUUUGCCGAAACUGUUCCCAGUGGGACCGUAGGAACAGUUUAUGAGGCAUAUAAACCAUUCCUUAAAGUCGUAAAUGGAUGCGUACCAUUCCCUGCCGUCGAUGCAUCGGGUAACACAGGUGGUGGUUUGUCACCAACUGGCAGUAGCAAUGGUGGUUGCAGCAGCAGUACCGGUCAAGUAUAUGUUCGAGGAGGACAAAGCGGAUCAAACUACGCCAUCAUGUACUCCUGGUACAUGCCAAAGGACGAGCCCUCAACCGGUAUUGGUCACCGUCACGAUUGGGAAGGUGUAAUUGUCUGGCUCUCCAGCGCCACCGCCACAACUGCCGACAACAUCUUAGCCGUUUGUCCUUCCGCCCACGGAGGCUGGGAUUGUUCCACGGAUGGCUAUUCCCUUUCUGGUACCAGCCCUCUUAUCAAGUACGAAAGUAUCUGGCCCGUCGAUCACUCAAUGGGUCUUACUAGUACUGUUGGUGGAAAACAACCUAUGAUUGCUUGGGAGUCUUUACCAACUGCUGCUCAAACUGCUCUUGAGAACACCGAUUUCGGUGCUGCGAAUGUUCCAUUCAUUCCGGCUGUUUUCACAGACAAUCUUGCGAAGGCUACUUUCUAGACUUUGUGUCUUUAUGUAUGAAUAUAAGGGGCUAUAUUCUGGGAGUCUAUUGGCUUUUGCCUGUGUAAUGUUUGAUAUUUAGUAUCUGUUGAAGGCGUGAGAUAUACUACACUCACGUCACUUCGAUUUAAUAAAAAGUUCUUUGUUUUACCA